UUCCCCGACAGCUGCAGCUGGGGCGAGCCAUCGCCCGACCGGGUCGCGACUGUGUCCGUCUACAGCACAGCACGAGGCGACACCAUCAUGUCCCUGAGACAGACACCCGCGUGCCCCCUGCAUCUCUUCCCGCACUUGAUACUGCUGUUCGGGGCAGGGCAGCAGUGUCUCGCGGCCUAUCCGUUGCUCGUGUUCCUGAUCGAUGGGUUCCGAUAUGACUACAUGGAUGACCUGCACGCACUACCCGGAUUUCGCGAGCUCGUGGACAAUGGGGUGAAGGUGGACUACAUGACUCCGGACUUCCCGAGUUUGUCAUAUCCAAAUUACUACUCAUUAAUGACAGGCCGCCAUUGUAACGUUCAUCAGAUGACUGGAAACUACAUGUGGGAUGAAGCCUCCAACAAGGAGUUUCUGAUUGGGACCAAUCUUGACAGCCGGUUGCCUCUUUGGUGGGAUGGAUCAGAGCCAUUAUGGGUCACCCUGCAGAAGCUGGGAAGGAAAGUUUUCAUGUACUACUGGCCUGGCUGCGAGGUGGAGAUUCUUGGUGUCCGUCCAUCAUUUUGUGAGGAAUAUGUCUACAACCCAUCAGAGAAAAACCUCACAGACUCAAUAGAGAAUGCUCUCAACGUCCUGAGAUCAGGCCAAGCAGGCAUGGCAGCAAUAUAUUAUGAGAAAAUAGAUGUGGAGGGCCAUCACUUCGGUCCAGACUCUCAUCAGGUCAGAACAGCUGUGCGGCAACUGGAUCUCGCCAUGCAGACACUCAACAGCAAAAUUAAAGAGAAGAACAUGGUGAACCAGCUGAACAUUGUGCUAUUUUCAGACCACGGUAUGACAAAGAUCCAGUGGAUGGAGAAAGUAAUAGAGCUGGACAAACUUAUCAACAUGUCGGACAUUGUCAAGAUGAUGGACAGAGGACCAGUGGUCAGUCUGUGGCCCAAAGAUAACAAGUAUCAAGAGCUGUAUGCCGCAUUGUCCCAGGUCCCUAACAUGUGUGUCUAUGCCAGACAAGAGAUCCCUGAACGUUUCCAUUUCAAAAGGGGGAAGUUUGUUUCCCCCCUGACACUGGUGGCUGAGCCAGGCUGGUUUAUCGCUGAGAACAAGGCUAAACUCCCAUACUGGAAAAAUGACUCUGGGGAACCCUCAGCAUGGCAAAAUGGCUGGCAUGGUUACGACAAUGAGUUCCUCGACAUGAGAGGUUUCUUCUUGGCGACAGGACCUGACUUCAAGCGGAAUGUUCGGGUGGCUCCAAUUCGAGCGGUGGACGUCUAUAACGUGAUGUGCUGGACGUUAGGAGUGGAACCUUUGCCCAAUAAUGGGUCCUGGUCUCGGGUAGAGUACCUCCUGAGUGGCUCUGAUGAUCCACCCCAGCCUACAACCCUCUGGUCCUGCUGUAUGGGUUUGUUAGUAAUAUUGCUGGCACUAUGGGACUAAAACAUUUCACACUUUAGUGUUUGUGGAAUGUGAUGGUAGCAAGAAAUGAUCUGCUUUAAUUGGUUAUGACAUUAAAUCAUGCAGCAAAUAAUGCAUCUGAAAGGAAGGGAAAGGAAAUUAAACUGACUGAAAAAUUUUACUUUGAAAUGGUUCAAGGACUUUGAGGACCAAGAACUUCAAGGCCUAAAGAAUUUGCCAGGACCUCAUCCCAACUUCCUAAAUGGACUCGGGUAAAAAUAUCAUCCAACAUGCCCACAACACCUGGAAAGCACCUUUUCUUUUCCUUCUCCUGCUCUCCAUGUCUGAUGAAAAUGUGUUUCAGGUGGUAAAUGUCCUGUAAAAAUCUGUGAAAAUGAGCAUUUUCACUGUUUUGGCUUAGUCCAUGUUUUCGUCCUCAAUUUCUCUUGAUAACCAUUUUAUUGUUAGAUUGCAUUAAUUAUGUAUUUAGGGUUUCUUGUGCUUUACAGUUUAUUAUAGAUUUCUGAGUUUCCUGGAAACAAAUAAUUUUAAAGUAAUUACAGGGAAAUAGGAAUAGAACUACUCCAUUAAAACUCAACUUAUCAAUUGAUUAUUUAUCAAUUAUUGGACACAUUCAUCUCCAUAUAUGAUGAAUGUAUGACAGUUUUGCAUGUUCAGCUGACCUGUGACUAAAAACUCUUUAGGUUUCACUAACAAUUAAUCAGUUAAUUUAAAGUGAAUAAUUUAGCAGUCUAGUUUAUAGAGUAUUUCUUUUCAGAUACUGGGUUCUUCUAAAAUCUUGUAAAUUCAGUCUUUUUGAUGGAUGAAUGUAACUAAGAUUCUUGUUUUGAUCUGGUUUUAAAUUCAGCUAUAACAUCUUUGUGUUGCAUCCAGGACCUUGUAUGACACAGUUUUGGAAAAGUUCUAUAAAUAAAUUUGCUUGGAUUCUGAAAA